CGGUUUGUUGACGGGACGGAGGCUUGCUUGCGCAAAAUGAGGCUCAAAAGGUUUCUUCUCAGAUAUUACCCACCAGGUAUCAUCCUGGAGUAUGACAAAGCAGGGCUUCUGAGGACUAAAUCAAUCGACCUUUUGGAUUUGACAUUGGAGUACGUGCUUUGUUUAUUACAUAUGCAGUAUCCAUUGUGCAUACUUUCUGUAUAUCGAUUUGUUAAACAGAAACAGAACCAAGAGGACAACAACAGUUUCACUUUUUCCAAGGAGCUGAAGGCACACAUACUGCCUCUGACAAAUGUUGCAUUUGACAAAUCGGGGUCAAGGUUUCUAACUGGGAGCUAUGACAGAACAUGUCGUAUUUGGGACACCGCCUCAGGCACUGAGCUGCACACACUGGAGGGUCACCGAAAUGUGGUGUAUGCCAUCGCAUUCAACAACCCCUUCGGAGACAAGAUUGCCACUGGUUCUUUUGAUAAGACCUGCAAGCUGUGGUGUGCUGAGACGGGUAAAUGCUUCUAUACGUUUCGAGGCCAUAUGGCUGAAAUAGUGUGUCUGGCAUUCAACCCUCAGAGUACACAUGUGGCCACAGGCAGCAUGGAUGCCACCGCCAAGCUAUGGGACGUGGCGACUGGGUGGGAGGUGGCCACUCUCGCUGGUCAUACCGCAGAGGUCCUCUCCUUGUGCUUUAACUCAGUCGGCAGUCAGCUUGUAACUGGCUCAUUUGACCACACCGUUAUUAUUUGGGAUGUUGCUUCAGGAAGGCGUGUCUACACGUUGAUGGGCCACCAGGCUGAGAUCAGCAAUGUGCAGUUUAACUGGGAUUGCUCACUUAUAGUCACAGGCUCCAUGGAUAAAACCGGCAAGGUUUGGGAUGCAAGCAAUGGCAAUUGUGUUGCCACGCUCGUUGGACACAAAGAGGAGGUGCUGGAUGUGUGUUUUGAUUUACGGGGUCAACUCAUUGCGACAGCCUCUGCUGACGGGACAGCCAGAGUGUUCAGUGCAAGCACACACCAGUGUCUGACAACACUCGAAGGCCAUGAGGGAGAGAUCUCAAAGAUCUGCUUCAGUCCUCAGGGCAGCAGGGUUCUGACUGCCAGCUCAGACAAGACAGCGCGCUUGUGGGAUGUCCAGUCCGGAGUCUGCCUUCAGGUCCUCGAGGGCCACACGGAUGAGAUCUUCUCCUGCGCCUUCAACUACGAAGGUGAUACCAUUAUCACAGGCAGCAAGGAUAACACGUGCCGAAUCUGGUGCUGACCCUUCCUUGGGAAGCCAGUAGACGUCGUCAUGUCACUCCCGCUCCCAAUUGCGCAUGCACGGUGCCGUGUAGACAGCUUCAUUUGAGGAUGAGCAGCUCAAUGACAUGCAAUGUUGACAGUGUCUGCGUGACAUUGAAAUGUUAAUGCAAGUGGUUGCCACUCAUCUUCAGUCUUGGGAUCAUCCGGAUGCAAUUCUUGAUGUCAAUCCUCGGCUUGUUCUUUUGACAUUUGUAUUAGCAUCAGGCAAAGAGGGAUGGAUUCCCCCCCCCAUUCCUCUUGAGCUCAAGGUCAUCUUGUUGUUUCCUCCCUACCAUGCUAAGGGAGCCUAAGCUAGUUUCCUCCAAGAUUUAGCUUUUACAGGCGGCGCACCGAUAUGAGACUUAUGUGUGCGCUCAGGGAGACCAUAAAGAUGAUUUGAAGUUUGUUUUGUGUCGUCUGAGAGGACAAUCGCUGCCUCAAAUUUGCAGUGUUACCGAUUGCUGCUACAUUUGGUAUCUCUCCGUUUUGGAAUGCACAUUAAAAGUCUUACCAUUGGAAUGUGCUCAUUAGAAUCUGGGUAUAUUUGAGCAGAUAUAUAUGUAAUUUUGUCUGCUUUGCUGUUACAGUAUGUAAAGUGAGUUAGCAUUUCCCACUGACAAUCUCAGCUUCCACGUGCUAACUCAAAGGUCAAAUGAGCUUAAAGUCUUGCAGUUUGGAGUUCAACCAAAUAUUUCUGCACACAAAUGCCCACACAAAAAACUCGGAGAUCAAGCCCUCAUCGUGCCUAAUAAGACCUGGAAUUUAAAGACAGUGAGACUCAGUGAGCAUCGAAAAUUCUACCUUCACAAGUAUUAUUUGUUUGUUGUGUUUCCACUGCGGCAAAAUUCUGAUGAUGGAUAAGUGGGAAAAACAUGAAUGAAGACCGUAAAACUGGAAAUGAUUGCAUUGUCAUUUAAUUUUGUCUUGGAUGAGUCUUUUGCCGCGUAGCCGACCAGAUCAAUAGAGAAGGCGGUGUUACAGGUCAUCGAUUUACUUCACAUCACAGGAAUCUUUAUUAAUGUCAAGAAAUAAAUAUUCACUUGUGACACUUUA